UUCUAUCAAAUUCCUCUAUAUUAUGAUAUUGUUUAUUUUUUCCGGUUCACGGUUCUUGAAAUACAAUAUCAACAUGAAUAGUUGAUGUUCUAAAUGAUGUCAGAUGAUAUACUCCUAGGUCGAGGGACAGGAGCGAGACAGCUUUGUGAUAGUUAAAUGGAGAAUCAACUGGGCCAAGAUGUUGACGAACAGGAACAAGCAAAGCGAGAUAAAACAGAAAAUGAAAACACGAAAUCCACACAUGAUACUGCAUUGUCUGAUGACACUCAGAAUCGAGACAAUGUUUCCAAAUGUGGCACAUCUUUUCCACCUGACAGCAAUGAUAAUGCAUCGGAUAAUGACUCAUUACAGUCUGGAAAACCGGAACAAAAUCAGCAGAGAACUGAGAAAUAUUUGAAAUCAGAAAACGAACAAAUGGACAUUAAAUCUAAUGGUACAGAUAAAACACUAGAUAUAACUGAAUCUAUACUCCCUAGGCCUGCAAUGGACGGAAAUGUACGAAGCAGUCCGCAACAUUCCGGUCAUCCUGCUGAUGCUGACGCAACGUCAGAUUUUGGUGACGAAUACGAAAUAUCCGACGAACAGUCAGAUGAAAACGAACCAUUCAUUGCAACUAUUUAUACAUGUCAAUCAUGUGGAUGGAAACCACACAUGGAGAAAUGUAUAGUUCAUAGACCUUUCCAGACGGGGUUUUCGAAUGGUGUUUAUCAGUACCAAGGAAUUAUGCCAAGUCAAGUCCAUAGCUAUCAAAACUAUAAUUAUUCUGGUUAUGCUGCUGGACAGAGACCGGUAUAUCAACCCUGUGUACAACCAAGACCAACUGUUGACAUGCGUUUUAACCCGGCUACUAGCCAAGUUGUAGCUGUUCCAUCAGUUGUAGUCAAUCAGACAGAAAAUUUAAACGACUACAUCAAAACAAUACAGAGUCUUCGAAGAAGAGCGUUUUGUCUCAGUAUCAUCAUGAUUGUUCUUGUUUUUGGUGUACUAACACUUGCCAUUUUAAUGUCAUAG